GAAUGCGCCGAAGUCAUGGAUCGGCACCGAAGACCUGUUUCUACACUGUCUCCUCGUCUCCUGUCUACUGAGUGCUUCAUUCGAUGUCCGAAUCGGAUACGAGCGAAGUCUCCAUGCAAGCCAAGAAGGCUGACCCGACGCUAAAUAUUGGCACCUUGUCUUGCGAUGCCAUGACCAUUGAGCACCAACUCUUUCGUAAUGCUAUUCGACUCUUCUCCUCUACACCUGCAACAGCUUCCCCAUCGUCGGUCCGUGUCCUGCACAAAGAAGACAAGGCACAACAAACAUGCAGCAGCACGCUUCCAACGGGCACCACUGUACUUGUUAUGUGCGAAGGCGGCUUUAUCGGAGUAACUCCUUAGGUGCUCGGGAGUAGGACAGUAUAUCUCCGUUGAAAGGGUUUGUCUGCAGCAGAUAAGGCAAGCCAAUGUAAACGGAAGCAGGCCGCGGAUUUCAGGUAAGACGGGGAAAUGCAGAUUGAACUCUCGUUGGCCUACAGACAAUCC